AUGCUCCUAAAACCCCAGGCAAUCUGGGCGGCUUCCCUCCCUCUCUUCCUCGGCCGCCGCCUCCUCCCCAAAUCCAGCCCUUCUACUCCUCACUCCGGCCGCCGCCUUCCCCUCCGCCCGAUUUGCAAGCGGCGGAUGAGCGCGCAGGCGGAGCCCAGGUUCGCCCCUCUCCCCACAGCGCAGUCCGAACCUGAUGCCGGGGCAGACGGGUACCAGUUCCGGCUGGUUUCCUACAACAUACUCGCCCAGGUUUAUGUGAAGAGCGCGUUUUUUCCUCAUUCUCCAUCCGCGUCUCUUAAGUGGAAAGCUCGUUCAAAAGCCGUUCUAACAGAACUCAAGAGUUUUAAUGCUGACCUCAUGUGCAUACAGGAGUUGGAUGAAUAUGAGACAUUCUAUAGGAAAAACAUGGAAAGUUCUGGAUAUUCAAGUAUUUAUGUCCAGCGAUCUGGGGACAAACGAGAUGGAUGUGGUAUAUUUUAUAAACCAAAAAGUGUGGAACUGUUACAGAAGGAAGUAAUACAUUACAAUGAUUUGGUGGAAACAUGUCAUCUUAAUGAUAAUGUAAUUAGUGCUCCCUCGAAUAAUUCUUCACCAUCAGAAGAAUCUAGUGGAAAGGAAGAUAAUAAGAAACGUGGAGAUCCAAAUGAUCCACGUGUGAGAUUGAAGCGUGACUGUGUUGGUUUACUCGCUGCUUUCAAGCUUGGCGAUCCUUGUGAGCAUAUUCUAAUUGUGGCGAACACACAUAUUUAUUGGGAUCCAGAAUGGAUUGAUGUGAAGUUGGCUCAAGCAAAGUAUCUUCUUUCAAAAGUCUCUGAGUUUGAGAAAAUUAUCGCAAAUAAGUUCACCUGUAAACCUUCUGUGAUCAUUGCUGGUGAUUUUAACUCCACCCCUGGUGAUAAGGUAUACAAUUACCUUUUAUCAGCUAGCGCCGAAUCUACGGACGAAGCCCUGGUCAAAUUGCGCAGCCUGUAUGCUGAGAACGGAGGGGAGCCGGAGUUCACAAAUUGCACUCCAGGUUUUACUGGAACGCUGGACUACAUAUUCUUGUCAGACGGCGGUUCAAUAAAACCUAGUAGCCUACUUCGGAUCCCGCGAGGGGGUUCCCCGGAUGUGGAAGGAGGCCUGCCCAACUUCCACCAUCCUAGUGAUCACUUGCCAAUCGGUGCCGAUUUCCAGGUACUUAGCAGCUAG